AUGCGCAUUGUUCUAGAAGCUAGCUUGGUGGUAGCCCAGAUUGCUUCCGCCCACGCCCAGGGGCAACGACCAUUUGGGUCUUCAUUUGGAGUUCCUGGGACCAAUGCAACAUUCGACUACAUCGUGGUAGGAGGUGGGACUGCGGGCCUGACGCUGGCGACGCGACUAGCCGAGCAGCAGAACGGCUCGGUGGCUGUCAUCGAAGCAGGGGGUUUCUACGAGGUGAACAAUGGUAAUCUAAGCCAGGUUCCCGCCAGCGCCUCAACAUACAGCGGUCCAUCGCCAUCUGACUGGCAACCUUUGAUUGACUGGGGAUACGUCACUACCCCGCAAGAGGGACUCUACGAUGCGCAGGUACACUACACGCGCGGUAAAUGCCUGGGAGGCAGCUCCGCCCGCAAUAGCAUGGUAUUCCAUCGGGCCACGAAAGGAGCGUAUCAGAAAUGGGCGGAUGCAGUGAACGAUGACAGCUUCACCUUCGACAACCUGUUGCCCUUCUUCGAAAAAAGCUUACACUUCACCCCGCCCGAUCAGUCCUUGCGUUUAGCCAACGCCACCCCAUGGUAUGAUGCCAGCGUGCUGGGCACCGGAACCGGUCCACUGUCUGUAACCUACUCCCACUACGCCCAGGCCUUUACUUCAUGGGGUCUUCAGGGCCUGAACAGCGCGGGAUUGUCGAUGAUUCCAGGGUUUCAGAGUGGCUCGCUCCUGGGUCUGGGAUACCCUCUGCAAACAAUUAACGCUUCCACGAUGCUGCGGGAGUCCUCCGAGACCGCCUUCCUGACUCGCGGCUUGAGUCACCCCAACUAUCAGGUCUAUCAGUCUGCGCGGGCGAAGCGGAUACUGUUUGACGGUGACCGACGGGCAACAUCAGUCGUGGUGGAGACCGAGGGAUUCACCUACCAAUUGAACGCAACUCAAGAGAUUAUCCUAUCCGCGGGAACCUUCGGUUCGCCGCAGCUGCUGAUGGUGUCUGGCGUUGGGCCUGCUGCCAUUCUCAAUCCACUUGGUAUUCCCGUGGUGGCUGAUCGGGCAGGCGUCGGCCAAAAUCUGCAGGACCAACUCCGGUCGACCGUCGUGCACCCCGUUAAUGUGGUCACGGCGUCUGCGAUGAAUUCGCCGGAGGCACAGGCCCAGGCAGCACGGCAAUUCGAUGAGCUGGCCGCUGGACCCUAUACCAGCACCGGGAAUGACGCCCUGGCGUGGGAAAAGAUUCCGGAUGAUCUGCGUGCACAAUUCUCGAACGAUACCCAAGAGGUUCUGGCACAGUAUCCAUCGGACUGGCCCGAGAUUGAGUAUGUCUUGGGGGCAUCGUAUAUAGGGGGAAUGGAAGAUGCGACGCAGGAGCCUGAUGAUGGUUUGAAUUACGCAUCCAUUGGGUUUGCCAUCGGGGCACCGCAGUCCCGGGGCAACCUGACAAUCACCUCCGGGGAUGCUGCAGUCCCGCCGCUAAUCAACCCAAACUGGCUCACUGAAUCAGCAGACAUUGAGGUUAUGGUGGCAGGAGUCAAGCGUGCGCGGCAAUUUUGGCAAUCAAGUGGCCUCAGUCCGGUGGUAAUUGGCCCGGAAGCGUUUCCGGGGGAUUCGGUCGAAACAGACAGGGAGAUCGAAGCCUCUAUCCGCCGGAAUGCCAUGUCCGUCUCGCAUGCCUCGUGCACAUGCGCGAUGGGCACUCCCGACGAUCCGAUGGCUGUGGUAGACACCCAGGGCCGCGUGUAUGGAGUGCAGGGGCUACGGGUAGUCGAUGCCUCUAUUUUCCCUCUGCUGCCUCCGGGUCACCCGCAGGCUACAAUAUAUGCCCUAGCCGAGAAAAUCGCCUGCGAUAUCACCGGUCAUUGCGACAAGUAG